UGAUGAAUGUGAAGAAAAUGAAAAUGUUUUCUUUGAAUUAAUACAAAAUCCCUUUGAAAUUUUGGAAUUCUCCCGGAACCUAAAAGUAAUUAAUGAUAUUUUGGAAAAACAACCGGAUUCUCCUAUUUCCGCGUUAUGCGUUGAUGUCAUCCAAACACAAUUCCUUAUAAAUUACGAUUUACAAAAAUUAUCUCUAUACUUUAUGGAUGCGACGCAAAUCUUAUUUACGGAUGAAGUUAAAGCUCUACAACUGAUAUCAUCAAUUUCUCUCUUAAAAUCUUUUGGAAAUGCUUUUUGGUCAACUAGAGGACAAGAAAACUUCUUAAUCAACCCAGUUGAGAUUGAUGAGGAUGAAGAAUUGGACAUAAAUCUUCGAAAUAUUAAUCAAAGAAUGGAAUUGCCUAAUCCUUUGAUUCAUUCAUUCUUGAUUUAUUUACUUAAGGCAUUAAAGCUUUCACAAGGGUUUUCACUUGAUGAUAUCAAACGUUUUUGUCAAACAAAUAAAAACUCCAUGCCUUGGCUUAAUGGAUUAGAAUGGACGGAAAAAGAAGGUGGCCGAAUUGAUUUUAAUCCAUAUUGGUAUUUGGAACAUUAUAAUCGUGCAGAACAUGCAGCAGAUAGAAUAUGUCGUGGUGAUGAAACAUUUUCGAAUGAACUUUUAAAAUCUAUUACCAAUGCAAAAGCAAAUGAAAAAGAUUUGGUCGAUCUUCGAGUUUCAUUUUCUGGAAUGAUAAUAACGAGAAUGUAUCAUAUAAGAGCAUCACGGGAAUUAAAUCAAGUUGAAACAAUAUUAGCUCAAAAAAUUUAUGCUUCCUUAGAAAAGGCACAUCUUCCAAA